GAAAAUCAGGCAUUCUCACGGAGUAACCAUGACCACUUGUUGCCUUGGAAACGCUGAAGAAAAACAUAAACAAAAGAUGAUGGACUGGGCCGAGGAACUCAAAAUGACCAUAAGAAAGACGACGGCCAGAAAGGGUCGGCGCUCCAAGAGUCGCGAUGUCUUGAAGGAGGAGUCUUCGCAGGCAGCUGAAGGAUCUAAGGAUAUCAGGCUCGAUAUCACUCUGAAUGUCCAGGCAGGAACUCCGCCCACAACUUCGGACACGGCUACUUCGUCCACAUAUAACAAUGAGUUCGAUUCGCAUCGCCCACCUAUCCGGAGAAUUUCGGGGGGUUGGGCGGACUCUGGACUCAAAGGAUUAAAGUCUAAAAAGAAUUCAUUCGACGAUGAGCGCUUUAAGCAAACCAAAUCUGCUACAAAUUCUAUACCAACGGAUGAUAUUCCCGUUAUCCCAGAUAUGGAUGAUGUCAAAGAUGAAAUUAUGCUAAACGAAAUAGUAGAACCACCCACAGUCGGUACCACACGUUCAGCAGUUUUGAAGGAGGCCAAUUCUGAUUUGCUUUCUCAGUAUGCCUUUUCGGCCGUUGAUGGCUUUGAUCUAUCAAUCCUUACCGAUUGCUUGGUCCCCCAAGAGAGUCUCAAUGAGAAGGACGAUCUAUGGCAGUGGGACAAACUCUUCACCGAAGUUACGGCUGAAAUCCAUUCGGAUAAGGCGCCCAAUAUGGGCGUGAAGAUAGGACCCGACGUCGUGCCUCCUACACAAUAUUCUUAAAAGAUUUCACUCUACAAUAACAGUGCAAUACAAACACUCAAUUUUUUAGAUAUUAAGGAAGUACAAACACAUUUCUUGCCUUAAAUCAUCACAAAAUAUACAUUACAGAGAUACUCAA